UAAUACCAUGGCGGACGCUACUUGCGGAGUAUGCCAUACCGAACCAAAGAAAUACAAAUGUCCAACAUGCUCACUCCCAUACUGCUCAAUACCAUGCUUCAAAGUACACAAAGAGACACAUGCUGGUGAGACGCCUGCACCAGUAGCCUCCGUACCUUCAGAGAUCGACAUACCCAAUCCUCCGGCACCAAAACCGCCCCCGAAAUACCUCCAAAGUAAACUAGACUUCUCCAUCCUCGCCACGAACCCCAAAUACCAAGAACUACUCAAGACACACCCUACACUACUUUCGACAUUACAGCGUGUAUACGCGAAGACGAUAGAACCAGAUCCGGAUGACGUGAGAAGACAACAAUACCGCGAUCGAGUGCUCAAUGAUAGAGGGAGAGGGCGUGGGCGCGGAGGACGGGGCGGAAGAGGUGGGAGAGGUGGUGGCUGGAACAAGGGAAGGAAUGACCGUGAGCCUAGGUGGACGCAGAAGAUAGGGGAUAACAAUGCGAUGGGGAUCAUGAAGGGCAUUAGGGAUGGGAAGACGAGCGAUGAGGAGAUGGAGGGGCUGUCUGCUUUUGUUUCUCUUGUAGAGGAGAUGUACGAAAAGAAAGACGACAAACCCGGUGGUUGAUCGAAAUUGUAAUGGCGUAAUGGAGAUACCUCAGAAGCGGCACGAAUGCAGAGGGAAUGGAAGGAUUGAUAUCUCCAUUGUAGGACAUAGUUACAGUU